CUCAGUUCUUGAUCCGAACUAUCUUUCUUGGCCCAUCCUAACACCGAGACUCUACACUGCGACCGACCGGACGACUCGCUUCAAACUUCGCAAGCCUUGGCAAUGAUGGAUGCAAACUCCGAGAUCAAGCAUCGGCGUAACAGACGACACGCGACCACAGCCAAUGCACCCGAGGAUGAUUUAGUCGGGGUCACCGAUCCGGCUCUGCGGCGACGCGUACAGAAUCGUCUAAAUCAAAGAGCCUACCGCCAGCGACGAAAUCCGCGCAGUAGGGAUGACAAACUGCUGUUGAAUCGUAAACCAACUCGUGCGGUUGCCGCUGUCGAUCAAUCUCGAGUUCAGACAUCACCUGAGCUAUCCAGCGACCACGACUCUAUUUUCUAUAACCUCCCCGAGGUGGAUCCCACGCGAUACACAUACGCCCCUCCCGAUUUCCACAUUCUGAUGGUUCAAUUUGAGAAACGCGCCCGAGCUGCCCACGCUAUGGGUUCACCCCGGACAGAUCUCCUCCUCAGCCUGAGUCGACUCAACGUAGUCCGCGCAGCGUACCAGAAUGCAGUCGUCGCCGGCAUGACCAUCGAAUGGAUGUGUCGGGAUGACGCGGUUUCAAUCUUUAGUAUAACUGGCCCUCAUUCACCGCAAUAUACCUUGAGCACGAUCCCAGAGCGGUUGCGCCCGACCCCCGUGCAGCGCACUGUGCCGCAUCACCCUUGGCUCGACAUCUUUCCCUUUGAGCAAAUGCGCGAUAAUUUGAUCCGCGCGGGGGAUUUGCUCGAUGGUCAUGGGCUCUGCCAUGAUCUAACCGCUUUCUGGGAUACGCGCAGCAGUAGCGCAACAUUACUUGUCUGGGGAGAUCCGUGGGAUCCAUUGAAUUGGGAGGUCACGGAGGAAUUUGCACGGAAGUGGGGGUACUUUCUUCGCGGAUGUCCGGACAUUCUUGUUUCGACGAAUAAGUGGAGAGCUCGGAGGGAUGAAAAGCCCCUCGCUUGGCGGAGGUCCGUUGUUAAAGCAGUCAUUAUCACCGCACCCCAGCAGGCAAAAGUGGUCGACGACAGGCCUAUUCCGAGGUUGCGAGAUGACUGCAUCCUAGUCAAAACCCAUAUCGACUACCUCGCCAGUCCUGGAGUGCUUGUCGGGUGCGACUACGCCGGCAUCGUGGAAGCCGUUGGCAAGGCUGUCAAGAAGCCAUUUGCCAAAGGCGACCGCAUCUGUGGAUUCGUGCACGGAUCCAAUGCCGUCCAGCCAGAGGACGGGGCUUUCGCGGAAUACAUUGUCUCUAAGGGAGAUCUCCAGUACAGGGUCCCUGAGACCAUGUCUUUCGAAGAGGCUGCAACCUUAGGCUUGGGAGCUAUCACUGCUGCGCUGGGACUCUACCAGAGCCUCCGUCUUUCCCUACCCACGUCCCCAGUGCAGGAAAAGGUUCCAGUUCUAGUCUAUGGAGGAUCAACGGCGACAGGGACCUUGGCGAUUCAGCUUGCCAAGUUAUCGGGGUAUACAGUUCUAACGACAUGUUCUCCUCGUCACGCCGAUCGGGUGAAGUCCCUCGGCGCGGACGCAGUUUUCAACUACAACGAUCCAGAAGCCGCCAAUGCAAUCAGGAAGCUUACCAACGACAGUCUAACUUUGGCUUUCGAUACCGUGUCAAUCGAGAGCAGUGCCAGAUUCUGUGACAUGGCUCUUUCCUCGCAGGGCGCUGACUAUAGCUCCCUGCUACCAAUCGCAAUUGAACGGGAGAAUGUACGUGAUCGAGCCACGAUGGCCUACACUGCAUUCGGUGAGAGAUUUAUCUUUGGAUCCAAGGAGAUUCCAGCGCGACCGGUCGAUAGAGAGUUCGCGGAAGCUUUUACUGCUAUUUUCCAGGAGUUGCUAGCGAUUGGCAAGAUCAAGCCCCAUCCGAUUCGCGUUGGUGGGGGCGGGCUGGAUGGUAUUCUGGACGGGCUGCAGCUGUUGAGGGAGGGAAAGAUUAGUGGCGAGAAGCUUGUUUAUAAUAUCACAGACAGCUAA